AUGUACUACGUAUCAUGGAACAAAUACCUCAACAAACCAUCUCCCGACCUCGACCUAAAACCAUUCACCCUCCCCUUUAAACCAGCCUAUAAAUCCAACCCUACAAACAAACCACCCCCUCCACCACUCCCCGCAGAACCUCCACCAGCACCAAAAUCACACCCUCCACCCUCAUCAACAUUCCCCCUCUUCCCCCUCCUCCCCACCGAACUCCGCCUCAAAAUCUGGGCCCACUACCACGCCCUCACCCCUCCCCAACUCCUCCCCUUCCGCCUCUGCCCCGCAGACCUGGACCACGUCCCGCAUAAACGCAAGCCCUGCUUCGCACACCCGCACGUUCUCGCGCUGAAACAGCGUUCGAUCCCCACGAUCCUGCAUAUCUGUCCCGAAGCCCGGGAAGUUGGGCUAAGGUAUUAUAAGUGUGGGUUUGCGGUGGAGCAGAAUUGUGCGCACGGGGGGAAGGGAGGGGAGAGGGGCGUGUAUUGGGAUCCGGAGAGGGAUGUUGUGAAAAUUGAACUGGGGUGGGCGGAGAGGGGGGAGAGGGUUUAUACGUGGGGAGGGGAAGAGGUGGGGGGUUUUGAUUUUGGGGAGGUGAGGUUUGUGGCGGUGGAGGGGAAGAGGGAGUGGUGUUUGGCGGGGGAGGUGAUGGGGUUGGAGGGGUUGAAGGGUGUUUUUGUUUUGAAGAGGCGGGAUGUUGUUAGUAGUGGGGAUAUUAGGAUGUGGGAAAGUAGAGUACAGAGGUGGUGGAGGAGGGUGGAAGGUGAUAAAGGUGGCGGGAGGGAGGUGGAGGUUAAGUUGGUGGAGGAUUGGAGUGAGAUUCUUGGAGAGGAGGGGAAAGGUUGA